ACAAGUCCCAGCAUGCCUCGGGGCGGGCCCGGCGGCUGCGCGGAAGGGCGGCCGGCGGUACGUAACCUCAGCAUGGCGGUGUUCGCGGAUUUGGACCUGCGGGCGGGCUCGGACCUGAAGGCGCUGCGCGGGCUGGUGGAGAACGCCGCUCACCUUGGCUAUUCAGUUGUUGCCAUCAAUCACGUUGUUGAAUUUAAGGAAAAGAAACAGGAAAUUGAAAAACCAAUAGCUGUUUCAGAACUCUUUACAACUUUGCCAGUUGUACAGGGAAAAUCAAGACCAAUAAAAAUUUUAACUAGACUGACAAUUAUUGUUUCUGAUCCAUCUCACUGCAAUGUUUUGAGAGCAACUUCUUCGAGGGUCCGACUAUAUGAUAUUGUUGCAGUUUUUCCAAAGACAGAAAAACUUUUUCAUGUUGCUUGUACACACUUAGAUGUGGAUUUAGUCUGCAUAACUGUAACAGAGAAACUACCAUUUUACUUCAAAAGACCCCCUAUUAAUGUGGCAAUCGACCGAGGUGUGGGCUUUGAACUUGUCUACAGCCCCGCUAUCAAAGACUCCACAAUGAGAAGGUACACAAUUUCCAAUGCCCUCAAUUUGAUGCAGGUCUGCAAAGGAAAGAAUGUAAUUAUAUCUAGUGCUGCAGAAAGGCCUUUAGAAAUAAGAGGGCCAUAUGAUGUGGCAACCUUGGGGCUGUUGUUUGGGCUCUCAGAAAGUGAUGCCAAGGCUGCGGUGUCCACCAACUGCCGAGCCGCGCUCCUUCACGGAGAAACUAGGAAAACUGCUUUUGGAAUUAUUUCCACAGUGAAGAAGCCUCGGCCAUCAGAAGGAAAUGAUGAUUCUCUUCCAGCUUGCAAAAAAGCCAAGUGUGAGGACUGAAAAGAUCUCCCAGUCUUCGUCAACACUCCCUCCUUCCCUUUUAUAGUCCAUCAGCCACAACAGAAAUAAAACCUGUGUACGAUUUGCUGUUUCCACAUGGAGCUAGAAAUCAGCAGUCUAUAAAAACAAUUUUAUAUGCAAGCCUUUAAACUAACAAACAAAACCUAGUGAAACAUUUAAAAGACUGAGCUUAAUGAAUUUAGAUAUAAGAGAAAAACAGAGUCUAGUUUAUAUUCUUUGCAUAAGUGAUAAAACGGCAGGUAUAAUUAAAUUAGAAGAUGUGUCGAUAUUUCAAGAGACUCUUUAAAAAUGUUUUUUGUUCAUUUAAAGCUUUUCUGUGUUACCUGAUAUACAUUAUUUUCUUAACCUUACUACUGAAAAAGUGAUUAUUUUUUUGGACUAUUAAGACAUAUUAAGAGAUUGGCUUUUAGUGUAUCUAUUCUUGUUUUAAGCCUCUCUUUUAUUCUAUUCAUCAAGUCAAAGUUCUUUCUAAAAGGACUUGCUAUAAAAUCGGUGGGAGGAGAGGGCAGUGCACCUGAAGUCACACUUGGCCUCCUCUUUGGUGUCUCACCUCCACGAUGUCUAUGAAAUAGGAUUCUCCCCUUUCACUUGGAAGCCCCUGAAAACCUAAUGUUGAUUUUUUCCUAACAGUUAUAUUAAGAAUAUCAAAACAAUUAAGAGCAGGAUUAUUAUAUUAGGUAGAAGUAGCUUUUUUUUCAAAUGUCUGCAUUUUUGCUCUAUUAAUAUAAAUAAUUCUUUAACUGAGAAAAAGGAGAGAGCCAGAGAAGAGAUCAUUUCAACAGCAGGGGUCUUUAUGAAUAGAGAUUCUUAAAAUAUCAGUAAAGGGAAACCGUCAAAACAGAGUAUACCAUGACAAGUGAGACUUACUCUAGGAAUCUAAGAAUAUUUCGGUCCUUUUUAAUGUACUAUAUAAUAUUAAUAGGUCAAGUGAGAAAAAUCAGAAUCAUCUUAAUAGAUGCCAGCAAAACGUUUGAUAAAAUUUAAAAUCUAGUCCAGACUUUAAGCAACAAUAAAAACCUUUGGCAAAAUAGAAAUAGAAGACUGUUUCACACAUGCGCACAUAUAUAUGUUCAUAUGUAUUUGUAUAUUGUAUAUAUUAACCAUGAUGGUUCUAAAAUAAAGCAUUGGACUGACUCCCACUUGCGCAGUUUGAUGGGUCAGCCUACCCCAUUCAGCUGGUGGCCUCUGCAACUGAACCCACUCACCAGGAGCCUGCCAUUUGAGUGACAGUGCACUUCCGCCUACACCCGCUUGGAUUCACCGAAAGUUAGUUUUGUGUUUAUGCUCAAGUCUUCAUGUCAUUGUAUUUAGCAUUGUCAGAUUAUAUAAGUUUGUUAACAGUUAUGAGAACUGAUGAACUAUGGGGGGCAAAGAAGAUUUUCCACGAAAACUAAAGUUGAUGUUCUUGAAAGGUUUGAAAAAGAGGAGUCAUUAAAAAAGAAGGUGUGUCAAUGAAGGUGUGAGCAAGAUAACUGAGAUUUGGGGGAGAUCCAGCAAAAAUUCUGCACUUGGAUUGCUUCACUCGAGUCUUACUUUCUCUUUCUUUAAAGAGACUGGAACUCAAGAAAGACCUCUGUGGCUCUCUCAGUGCAUCCACACCUUAAUGGACUUUUCAGCCAACUUGGUAUGUGUGUGCAUGCGUGCGCGUCCCGGUUGCACCAGAGGACUUUAAUGUUAUAUUAAAAAUGAGGUAAGGUUA